AUGUCACUCACAAUAAAUGGACAGGCCACCACAAAGGCAAAAGCAUCCUCCACUUCUAAGUCACCAAUCAUAAUCCGACAAGCUCGUCUGUGGGAAGGACGUCGAAUCGGUGAAAUCGCAGCCAAAACAUACUAUGACACGCCUCUCAUAAAUUUCCUUUCUCCGUACCGCGAAAAGUACCCAGCAGACUAUGUUCGUGCUUUUACCGAGCGAUCGCAGGCGCGAUUGCUCAACCCACGAUUUAUAUCAUUCGUCGCCUGCGAAGCCAGCAAUCCUUCUUAUGCCAUUGGAUACGGAUCAUUUCUCCGACUCGGUGAUGAUGAGGGAGCCAAGAAGCAUCUUGCUAGCCGAAAGAGCCUUUGGUUGUGGGCUUUGAGCUGGUUGUUUUGGGCUUAUUGCAAGAUUCUGGAGUUAACGAUUGGAGAUAAAUCGGCUGAUCCAAAAGCGACAGCUGAAUUUAGGUCGUUGAUCGCCUCGGACGACGAGAAGUAUUGGAAUAGUAUACCAGAGAGGAAAAACAGGUGGCAUGCGGGGAGUGUGGUUGUUGGUACGGAAUUCCAAGGGAGGGGUAUUGGGAAGCGGUUGAUGGCUGAGGUUCUCAGGAGGGCAGAGGGCGAGGGCGUGUGUGUUGGGCUGGAAGCAAGUGGCCCUGGAGAGCACAUGUAUAGGAGUGUGGGGUUUCAAUUGCUAGGAAGGUUCAAUGACCGCAGCCAGGUGAUUGAUAAUGGGGCAGUUGGUGGAAUUAUGAUGUGGACUCCUUCAUCAUGGGAGACAAAGUAG